AGAGAGCAGGGGGGAGGAGGAGGAGGAUUGACAGCAGAUGCCUUUGCAGCAGAGGACCAGAGAGGAUGUAUGUCCGUGUGUGGUGUUCCGGGACAAAAUCCGCACAUGUUUAAACGUUCACAUAUCGAAAUUUAAACCGCGAGAUUUCACGUGUUUGUGAGAGAAAUCAAAGACAAUCCAAAGCUCAGUGUCAGAGGGAAUUCUUCUCUAAAGGAGAUGGACGGGACGACCUGAAUAGACGAUUGGACCACUUCAUUUAAAAGAUGUAUUUCGUGCUACGUGCUAUCAGUUUUUUUCUUGAUUAAAUCAACUUGGAUGUUCUAUUGAGACCAGUCACUCAAAGCCUAGCUAACGAUGGAGAGCGGAGUUUUUCUGCCUUGUCUGGAUCAGUUCAUGCUGAGCCCACUUGUCACUUGGGUGAGGACAUUCGUGCCAAAUGAUGGGGGCAUGCACUUGGAUUUUUCUGAAUUGCUGGAUGGAGUCUUUCUAAACGACAUAAUGACUCAAAUAAAUCCUUCAGCUGCAUCUCAGGGUACAAAGAAAAUGAGCAAGGAUCCAAGUCAGAGGAUCCAGAACCUGAACUUUCUCGUGCAGCAGAUCAAGACAUUUUACCUGGAUAAUCUGAGACAAUUAAUCAUGACUCCUUUGCCAAAUGUGUUGCUGCUUGGCAGGACUCCUUACUGUGAACAAAGCCUGGAUGAAAUGAGGAAACUUUUGCUAUUACUAUUGGGAUGUGCAGUUCAGUGUGAGAAGAAAGAGGAGUACAUUGAGAGAAUCCAGACACUUGACUUUGAGACAAAAGCAGCAAUAGCUGCUCAUAUUCAAGAGUUGACUCACAGUCAAGAGAAUGUGCUGGAUCUGCAGUGGUUUGAGUCAAGUGAGCUGCACCCCGAUGAGAUGGAGGCGGUAGUAAGGAACAUGACCACACACCUCCGACACCUGCUGGAUCAGAGGGAUACCCAUCUGGAGACUAUAGCAGAGCUAAUGCAGGAGAAAGAGGGUGUGGUAAGUGUGCUCAGUAGCCCCUCCAGCCCACAGUGUGCCAGCUACUCUCCUACAAUUCAGCAGCAGCAGGUGGGGACCCAGCAACACCUUGCAGUGGAACUGGCUGACUCCAAGGCAAAGAUCAGACGACUUAGACAAGAACUAGAGGAGAAGAGUGAACAAAUGCUGGACUGCAGACAUGAGUUGGAGAACAUGGAGGCUGAGCUGAAGAGAAUCCAGCAGGAGGUCUGAAGUCAAAGAACACGUUGAAAAAAAAAAAAUCACAGCUCCUUGUAAUGUGACAAACAGUAACCUCCUGACCUCUCUGCAGCUUAUGCAGAUUAUUGAAUACUGUACUUUGCUGCAGCUCCAUGCUUAAUAACUACUAACUUAAACCUCUGAACACUGACUCAGAUGUACAGCUAAAGCCCCUGUGGAUUUGUCUGCUCGGGAAAUCUCAAUUUGCAUUUGUGGCUUAGAU